UUAUUAAAUUGAACUCUUUCAAAAUACAAUUCAAUCAGAAAAAAAAAAAAAAAAAAAACAAAAUCUCUGAGAGGUAAGAAAAGUGAAGAGAGAAUGGUUGAUUCUAUACUUUAUGGGUUAGCUGAAGAAGCUUUGAAGAAACUGGGAGGUAGCGCACUGAAUGAGAUUGCCUCCGCUUGGGGCUUCAAAGCUGAGCUUGAUAAGCUCCACGACACCAUCACAACAGUGAAAAAUGUGUUGUUGGAUGCUGAGAAAAGGCAAGCUGAUGAACUUGAUGUUCGUGGUUGGAUUGAAAGGCUUACCUUAGUUGUCUAUGCUGCUGACGACUUGUUCGAUGAGCUCAACACUAUUGCAUCUCGCAGACAACUCAUGGGUGAAAACUCAAUAUCCAGGAAGGUACGGGCUUUCUUCUCCCAUUCCAAUCAUAUUGCUUUGGCCUUAAAAGUUUCCAGAAAAAUUAGGAAGAUUAGGGAAAAAUUGGAUGCCAUAGACAAAGAUGGUAAACAAUUGAAACUUGUGCAAUCUCUUCCUUUGGGUAGGAAAUCAAUGAAGAAGAGAGAACAAAGUUAUUCAUUUGUUGAUGCCCAACAAGUUAUUGGUAGAGAUGCUGAUAAGAAUGCCAUCUUAGAUUUACUCUUAGCCUCUAGUUCCAAUAUAGACCCUCAAAAUGAAGUGCUCCCUGUCCCUGUUAUCUCAAUUGUUGGAAUUGGAGGCCAAGGCAAGACCACUUUAGCUCAACUUGUUUACAAUGACCCUAAGGUUGAGAAAUCUUUUAAUUUGAGGUUAUGGGUGUGUAUUUCGGAAGUCCUUGAUUUUAAGGGAGUUUUGGAAAAGAUCCUCAGAUCCGCAACCAAAGCUGAAACUCCAAAAUUAGAUAUAGAGCAGUUACAAGCUAUGUUGCGAGAGGCGAUUAGUGGUAAGAAAUACUUUCUUGUUAUGGACGACGUUUGGGAUGACAAGCGUGAGAAAUGGCUCAAGUUGAGGGAUUUAUUGAAGAUGGGUGGAGAAGGGAGUAAGAUAUUGGUGACUACUCGAUCCAAGGAGGUGGCUAGAAUAAUGGACUCUCUUGCUAUAUACGAGUUACAGGGCCUAACAAAUGAGAAAUCCUGGGAGUUAUUUGUUAACAUGGCAUUUGAACCUGGACAAGCUCAACAGAAGCCACGUCUUGUCAAGCUAGGGAAGGAAAUUGUAAAGAGGUGUGCAAAUGUUCCUUUAGCUAUAAGAACUUUGGGGAGUCUUCUCUAUGGCAAGGAGGAAAAGAAGUGGUCAUCAUUGAUGAACACGAGUCUGGCGAAAUUAUCUGAUGGGAAACAAGAAGUCAAUGAUAUUUUAAGCAUACUCAAGUUGAGCUACAAUGAUCUAUGGUCUCCACUGAAGAAUUGUUUUGCUUAUUGUGCUUUGUUUCCGAAAGACUAUGAGUUUAAUAAGGAAAUGUUGAAACAGCUUUGGAUGGCAGAGGGGUUCAUUGUUGCUGAUUAUGAAGGAAACCAGAGUCUAGAAGACGUUGCUGAGGAUUAUUUUCAAAUUCUGCUGCAAAGGUGCUUCUUCCAGGACAUAAAAACCGAAGAAUUGGGGGCUAUUAUUGGUUGCAAAAUGCAUGAUCUCAUGCAUGAUCUUGCUCAAAGUGUGGCUGGAGCGAAGUGCAAGGUUGCAAGUCUAGAAGAAACAAGAUUUGAUGUCAAAAUCAUCCACUUGUCAUAUGCAUGCGGACCGACUUCGUCUUGGAAAAUUCAAGACUCCAUGCGAAAUAUGCAGCUGUUGCGCACUUUUCUUAUGCCAGAGCUUAAGUUUGAUGGCUCUCUCUUCGGCGAACUUAUGUGUAAACAGUUAAUAUCGAGUUUUAGUUGUUUACGAGUGUUAGAUCUCCACAGCCUAUGUCUCAUAACUUUGCCAGAUUCUGUAGGUAAUCUAAUUCACUUGAGAUACCUCAAUCUCUCAAAGACACCAAUCCAAAAGCUCCCUAAUUCAAUCACCAAGCUUCUAAAUCUGCAAACAUUAAAUUUAUACCGCUGUUUGAAUCUUCGAGCAUUGCCUACAGGUAUCAGAAAACUGGAAAAUCUGAGGAGCCUUGAUGUUGGUGGCUGUUACAGUAUCUUUAAAAUGCCUUCGGGAAUAGGAAAAUUGACUUUGCUCCAAAAGCUACCUCUUUUCAGAACUGACUAUGAGGUUAGUAACCGAGCCAAACUAAGUGAACUAAAGCAACUCAAUAACCUGAGAGGAGAGUUACACAUUAUAAUAUGUGGAAAUAUGGGAAAUCCAAGCUUUGAAGCAAACGAGGCAAAUUUGAUCAGCAAGCAAGGGCUAGAUACACUGGAUAUUAGUUUUAUCUUUAGUAAAGAUAAUGAGGUUCUGAUGGAAGGCCUCAAACCACAUUCCAACUUAAGAAAGUGGAUGAUAAGGCGUUAUUUUGGUCAAAAUUUUCCAAGUUGGGCAACCAUGGAUAAUUUGAGCAUUAGUCUUCCAAAUCUGGUAUAUAUUUAUCUUGAAUUUGGUAAAUCCUCAGAAGUUCCCGUCUUAAGUCAAUUACGUUUCUUGAAGUAUCUUUAUGUUAACCAUUACAGCAAUGUUGAAUACAUGGAGAAUAACGAUAUGAUUAACCAAUUCUCCUCGUCACCAUCAAUGCCAACAUACACAGAAACCAUUUUCUUCCCAUCUCUUCAGGAACUUCAUUUGUCAUGGAUGGAUUCUCUAAAGGGAUGGUGGAAAGAAGACGUAGAAGCCGUGGUUAGAAAUGAUGAUGCAAAAGAAGCUUCGUAUCUUCAACAGGGGAAUGAAAUGUCAAUGCUCUCAUUUUCUAAAUUAUCAAAAUUGAGUAUAUAUCGUUGUCCGAAGUUGAAAACACUUCCACUUUGUCCUAAUGUGGAGGAAUUAAAUGUAAGUGAUAUUGAUGAGAGUCUCUUAGAAAUAAUAUUGAAGAUAGCAACAACAAGAUCAAACUCAUCGUCUCAAACUACAUCAAGGCUUAAAAAAUUAACGCUCUCAAAUGCAGAAAAACUUAUGUCCCUGCCUAUGCAUUGUCUCCAUCAGCUUUCUUCACUUACCAUUGCAGGUGAUCAUCAUCUGGAGAGCACAGACACAUUAGUCGAAGUCUUUGCACGACUAUCUUCAUCCCUCCGAUAUUUGAAAUUCACAUGGUGUACUAAAUUGAGAAGCAUCUCUAAGGGCCUGGGACAUUUUACUGCCUUAGAAACGUUGAACUUAGAGUUUUGUCUUGAACUUGACCUUUCACCAAACCAACAAGAAGCAAAUGAAGAAGAUGAAGAUGACAUGCCAUGGAAAGCCUUCAAAACUAAUCUACGUUCCUUGAGGUUAUAUCAUCUUCCUAAAUUAGUGGACUUUCCAAGUGGUUUUCGGCAUUUGACAAACCUUCGUUCUUUAAAAAUAGAAAACAUUAAUCAUUUGAGGGAACUACCAGAAUGGAUAAGCUGUGUAUCUUCGCUGGUAAAUAUGAAGUUGUAUGGAUGUCAUAACUUAACUUGUUUGCCAGAUGGAUUCCGCAACCUCACAAACCUAAACAGACUAAUAAUUGGCGAUUGCAGUCCAAUUUUAAUGGAAAGAUGUAAAGGUCCAAAUGGUAGCGACUGGCUCAAGAUUCAACAUAUCCCUUUUCUUAUUAUUGAUAAUCAAAAUUGGCUUGGUCCAAAUCCAAUAUAUUUUUCAUUGGACGAUUUUUAUAAUAAUGUUUAAAUAUGGAAGCGGUGCAUGUUCUCAGAUCUCUAAAAAUUGUAGUCAUUAAUAUAUGUCAAAGUUUAUUAUACCUUCACAUUUGUAUUAGUAUUCUAUUAAUGAAUGUUGUAUUAAAAUUCUAUUAAUGAGGAUGAUGAGUUUGUCCCAAAAA